AUGGGGCUGCUGGCUCAAGCAAACGAAGACGUCCUCCUCUCCAUGCUGGAUGCUCUGCGAGUCAUGAACGGCAAGACAAUGCUCCGGCCAGGAUUGGAGGGGGGCGGCGAGAAGGGGGGCGGAGGCGGGCAGCUCGCGAGGAGUGAGGGCGUGGUAGAGAGCACGGGAAAGCUGCUGGAGGUGGACACCGGCGAGAAGGGACGCAUGGGGAAUGGUUGGACGAUCGGUCCGUCUGAGCAGGGCGUUCCGCUCAGACUUGUGGCGCGUCUUGCGACGCGCGACGACCUCGACUCAGCUGUGCGCGAGAUGGAGCCGCCUCUUUUGCGACCCGACAUGCCGCGCUGCCACACCAAGGACCUCCGAGUACCCCAGACUUUCAAAGAGGCAAAGGAGAGCGAGCACAGCGAGCAGUUCAUGGAUGCGGCCAAGCGUGAGGCGUUUGUGAGGGCCCCUCUCAAGGAAGAUAUUUUCAUGCGACUGCCGGAAGUAUGUGGUGCGUUGUCGGGGAAGAUAGUGCAGUUGAACAAGAGCCUUUAUGGCUUGAGGCAGGCAUCUAGAGAGUGGUACGCGUUACUGAAGAAGUGCCUUUUGGCUUUGGGGUUCGAGCAGUGCAUGGCUGAUUCGUGUGUUUUUCGUUUAGUCGAAGGGGGGGAAGUAGUGUUGCUUCUCGUAGUACACGUAGACGAUAUUUUUGCAGUGGGGACGAAGGAGAGGUGUGAUCAAUUCGGCAAGGACCUGGGAGAGUACGUGCCAGUAAAGUCUCUAGGGGAGUUGAAGUGGUACUCUGGUUGCUAUUACGAGAGGGACAGAGAGGCAGGCAGGCUGACAAUUUCACAGCAGACAUACACCGAAGAGCUGGGAGAGAGAUGUGGUGUCGAGUGGGGGGGAGGGCAUUCCUUUGCCCACCACCUGGAGACUUUGGGACUUCGACUUGGACNGAGCCUUUAUGGCUUGAGGCAGGCAUCUAGAGAGUGGACUACUUCUGUGGGGAUUUCUUUUCAGAGGAGGACGGUUUCGGGAUUCUCUUUGAUUGCAUUUGUCGACGCGGACUACGCUUCCCGUGCGGCAGACCGUAGGUCGGUUUCGGGAGUUGUAGUGAUGUGUGUAGGAGGGGCGAUUGCAUGGUUCUCCAAGACUCAGAAGUGUGUGACUUUGUCUACCACGCAGGCAGAAUACGUGGCGAUGGCGGACAUGGGGAAGGAGAUUUUGUUUUUGAGGCAGGUUUGGCGUUUCAUGUUGCCUAAGGAGUUGCGGCCUUGUAUUCCACCGUAUGAAGAUAACGAAGGGGCUAUCCAGAUCGCAAAACACCCUAUCUCGAAUUCCAACUCGUAG